CUUCUUGGGAAGGCGGAGCGUUUGCGGCCGCUCGCCGAUCCCGUGCCGGAGGCGAAAGGCGGCUGCGGGCGAGGCUGAGCCAUGGCGGCGGCAGAAGCGCGCCGGGUCCUCGUGUAUGGCGGCCGGGGCGCCCUGGGCUCCCAAUGCGUGCGCUACUUCCGAGGGAAGAACUGGGUAAGGGCAGCAGCCCCAUGGGGACGAAUCGGGGGUGGGGGUGGGGGCAAGGUGCUCUUGGCGUUUCUGCAGAUCGGCUGCGUCUUCACGGAGCGCCGUUCCCAAGCCUAACCCCUGGCUUUGCAAUCCCCGGGCCUUCCCGGUGCAACGCGCAACGCGCGCGCGGGUGCGCAAAGAGCUCCAUCCGCCUCGCUGCAAAAGGAGGCGCGCGGCUGCUCGCUGUGCCACGGACUUUCCCGGUGGCCCUUGGUCCUGUCCCUUUCCUUAAAGGUUUUUUUAUGCUCUCGGUAGACGAAGCUGCAGGUUGUCGGGCGCAGCCAGUGCUCCUUAUCCCCGCGCAUCUCCGCAUCAUCUCCCGAAACAGCAAUUUUACGCAGCGCGUUAAAGGAAUCGCAAGGGGACACUUGCAAUACUUGUUGGGGAGGUGGGAAGGAACAAAGGGCUCUUUCGAAAUAGGGGGAAAAGCUGUCCUGCUUUUGGGCUUGAGCCUGAGGAAGUGCGCAAAGUAUAGUGGUACCUUGGGUUACAUACGCUUCAGGUUACAGACUCCACUAACCCAGAAAUAGUCCUUCAGGUUAAGAACUUUGCUUCAGGAUGAGAACAGAAAUUGUGCUCCAGCAGCGCGCCGGCAGCGGGAGGCCCCAUUAGCUAAAGCGGUGCUUCAGGUUAAGAACAGUUUCAGGUUAAGAACGGACCUCCGGAACGAAUCAAGUACUUAACCCGAGGUACCACUGUAUGGGCAACAUACCUGAAAUAAAUCUGCAAUGAAAGAAUGGACACUCCUCCCUGUUUCCCUUUGAAACUAUUUUAGGAAAUACUUUUGUUUUCUGGUGCAAAAGACAAAAACACGAAAUAAGUAUAGUAAAUCGCUUUUUAAACAGAAAACUUUUUUCUUUUUAAAUCAGUGGGUGGCCAGCAUUGACUUGGGAGAAAACGAAGAAGCGAGUGCCAAUGUUGUUGUGAAAAUGAGCGAUUCCUUCGUUGAACAAGCAGAUCAGGUAACGUGCAUGGUAUUGAUUGUGCCUUGUUCCUGUGUUGGAAGCAAUUAAAAUGAAAGCAGAAAGAUGUCGGGGCAGCUUCUGGGUUGCAAAAUAAUAGCCGUUGUCUAAAAUAAGAUCCUGUUUGUGUGUGAAAUGUUCUUUCCUUUUGGGAAAGACUUUCCGACAGUUUCUUCACCUUCAUCAGCUUUAUGAAAGGCAGAAAAUUCAGUCGGUGCAUUUUUUUCCAUUUGCCCCAUCACUAGGAGGAGCCAUACUGACUUAAUUCCUGCCUGCCGUGCAGUUGUUAAAGGUUCAGCUGCCAACAUUAGGGCAGGGAUGUAAUAACUUUGCCUCUGGGGAACAUUCAGGUGGGAAUAUCUUGGCUCAAGAUGCUGCCUAUCCCUUUUAAAGGUCUGCCUGAGUUGUGUGAUAACAAACUCAAGUCAAAAGGGCCUGGGUAGCAUGAAUAUGUGUGUGAGUGUGAGAGAGAGAUAUAUCGUUGAAAUAUUUUGCGGUAUAUCAUUUUAAAAGCAUGUUAAGAUAAAAUGGACUGGUGAUCUUGGCACACCUACAUCAACUCCCAUGCUUGUUUUUCUGUCGCUUGUUCUUCCUUCCCCCAUGUUUAUUGGUUCCGUUCUAAAAAGAGGAGUCUAUUACCUCCGAUUUGCUUGGAACCAGCCUCCACUGUUCUAGAAGCCCUGCCUUCUAAUUUGAGGUGUGGAAGGUUUUAUCGACCCAAAACCAUAAUCGGGUAUUGCGGUCAAACCCACCCACCCUAAUCCAGGGUUGUGCAUUGGAAAGAGAUUUCAGGAUUUGGGAUUUAGUCCUGGCAAGCACUGGUUUAUAUUAAGCCUAGUUCCAUUAUAUUCCAUUAUAUAUAAUUUCCCUGAUUUCGAAAGCCUGGUUCUGAAGGUUAAACGUGACAUGGGUUAUGUGUGUGUUUGUUGAUUUGCCUGCCUUGCUCAAAUCCUAAUGUGGGUGGAUCCUAUUUCUUACAUGAAAAGUAGCACACAGGUGAGGGGAGAUCAGCUACCCCCCCUCAUCCGCCCCCGUCACUUCAGGCACUUGUUUCCCACCUUGCUUCAAUUCCUGUAUUAGAUGUAGGUCUGAGAAAAUUGCAGUUUUGAGAUCUGGGCGUAUACAAAUUCCAGGUAUUUCUCUUGGAACUGACACGCCCCCACACUACUUCUUUGUCUUCACAUAUUUAAAGGUAACAGAAGAUGUUGGAAAACUCCUGGGCGAAGAAAAAGUCGAUGCUAUACUUUGUGUUGCCGGUGGAUGGGCUGGAGGCAGCGCGAAAGCAAAAUGUAAGCGACAAACUUGUGAAUGCCAUGGAAGAAAUCAUUUCUUCUUUGUCUUAUAACCAGAGUUUUCAGAACGGCUUCUUUACUUUUCGUGUGUGAUCGGAAAAUCGAGUAUAGUAGCUGUGUCCAACCAAUAUUGAAAGCUGAUGGAAGUUUGUUAAAUUGUUAAGCAGUUAGUAUCUUGCUAAGGGUCACUGUCCUGCAUUCAUUUUAUGAUGCUUUAAGCCGGUGGCUGUAUCCAGAUGCAAAACUGAUCCUUGGCAAGCCUGUUGAUUUUUCAGAAGGUGGUGGAAGGAGGUUUUUUCCCAGCACGUCCUCUCCAGGCUUUGAAUCCUGUGAUCCCAAAACCACAACACCCUACCAGUGUUUCUCAAACUUGGGUCUCCAGAAGUUGUUGGACUACAGCUCCCAUCAUCCCUCACCACUGGUCCUGCUGGCUAGGGAUGUUGGGAGUUGUAGUCCAACAACUGCUGCAGACCCACAUUUGAGAAACACGGCCAAAGGGCCCUAUUUCGCACAUUACUGCCAGUGGAAGAACUGCCAGGGGGAGUUUACCACCCACUUGGCUGUAGCUUGGGACCUCUGGCAUGGAGGGGCCCUGCCGCCCCCUGGUUCUCCUGCUGCUGCUAGAGCCUGGCAGAGAAAAAUCCAGGCAGAGUCCUAACCACCACCACCACCCAGUCAUCAGAUUUUUUUUAGGGGAAUGGUAGCACUGUGCUGUUAAAACCCAGUUAAAAGGCUUUAAAAUCCUCUACGUGGAUUAAGUAAUUGACUGGAUUCUACCUUGUCCGUUGUUGUUGCACUAGGUCAGAGGUUGGUUUUCUCCAUCCAAAGGGGAUGUAUUCUGCAUUGCGGACUUUAAAGCAAAUAGACCAGCUGUGGCCUGGAGCUGCUUCAGAUGGUGAACUAGUCUUAAUGUUGAACCAGGCCUUAACCCUGCCAGUGACCCUGAAGUGAAUAAGAUCCUGUUUGCCGUGUCUUUAAGAAUUAUUUGUGUGGGGGUUGCAUUCCUGGUCAUUGCACGUGUUGGCAGAGCAUGCAUAAGCCCACCCAGCUCCGUUCUCUCUUGGUCCGGGUCCAGAAACAACCCAUGCAUGCACAGUCGCUCAUGCUUUGAACCCGUGCAAAGCGGGGUUGCUUGUACUAUAUUUGCAAAAUAAAAGGAACUCCGGUUGAAAAUACCGCUUCACAGAGUCUCGCAACAUAAGUUCUGCACAUUCUACAAUCCAGUUAUGUCUGGCAUUUAAGGAGACCAUUGGAAAAUAUUCUGUUUUUUAGUGGUUUGGUGGUCGGUUCCAUUAAAUUCCAGGAAAAGAGUUAAUGGUUUCUAAAAUCAAACCCAGGUUUUUGCAUGGUACUACAAAGCACUUUCCAGUGAUUAUAAAAGACUUCAGGACAGGCUUUUGCACUUACAUAUUAGAAACAUAUUAGAAUAGGAGACUAUUCCUCAGAGAACUAACUGAUCCUAAACAGCUCCAUAAGUCUCAGUUAUGAGCGUAAUAUUUCCGAGAUGGUUUGUGUCUAACAGCGUUCAAAGCAUGAUUUUCCUGCUCCAACAAAGUAUUGGUUUUUGGAGCACAUGUAAGCUUGGCUUCAGAGAAGACCUCCCAGUUUGAUAAGCCACAGCUUCCCGGUGAUGUCCCAACCAGGAAUCUGUGGUUUGUGUGCUCCAUUCCAGAUAGGAUUUGCCAAACACAUUCUGAUCUUGUUUGUAGGGAAUUCUUAAACCACAGUUCGGAUGCCAUUCAUCUAGCAAACCAGGAAAUCUCCUCUGAAGCCAGGUGUGCAAGAGGAGUAGAUUAAGAGAGCAGGAAGCACUUAAGCUCAUUGCUCACCACUGCUUCAGCAAACCAUGGUUUGCUGGACCAGAAACAUGUAGUUCAAGCUGGGCAAGUAUAGAACAGAACAUUGCUACAUAUUCCUUCCCUUUCUCUUUGGGAAGCGGGAGCUAGUGUUGGGGCCCCUGUUUUUUAGAUUCAUGAGAGCUCAAAUCAGAGUCUUCUGGAUAAUUUGGAGUCUUUUAUCUGGGAAGCUCGCCUUAAAAUAUCAUUGUACUCCUUUCGCCAUAUUGUUACAAUAUAAACCAAUGCAAGAAUAUAAUGAAACAAACAUACAGUAAAACAUUAAAGAGAACAAGAAACCAACUGGUAUAUCUGAAGGAGCAUCUCCACCGCCAUCAUUCAGACACUGAGGUCCAUCUCCGAGGGCCUUCUAGCAGUUCCCUCACUGUGAGAAGUGAGGUUGCAGGGAACCAGGCAGAGGGCCUUCUCGGUAGUGGCGCCCACCCUGUGGAACGCCCUCCCAUCAGAUGUCAAGGAAAUAAACAACUAUCUGACUUUUAGAAGACAUCUGAAGGCAGCCCUGUUUAGGGAAGUUUUUAAUGUUUGAUGUUUUAUCGUGCUUUAAUAUUCUGUUGGGAGCCGCCCAGAGUGACUGGGGAAACCCAGCCAGAUGAGCAGGGUAUUAUUUAUUAUUUGUUGUUGUUGUUACUACUACUACCAAGAUUCAUCAGGAAUAGGUCUCUCAAGUCACCAAGUUUUAAGCAUAUAGUGAAAAGAAUACAAAAGAUGACCAGUGAAGAUCUUGCCUUCAGAAGUUAACUUUGAAGUGGGUAUGGUGGGUUGUUUGUUUUUAUAGUUUCUGUCUUGAUGCCUAAUGUGUCCUGGGUUUUCUCUGCUCACCAGCUUUAUACAAAAAUACUGACCUGAUGUGGAAACAAAGUGUUUGGACGUCAACGAUCUCUAGCCAUUUGGCCACCAAGCACCUGAAGGAAGGGGGGUUGUUGACCCUGACAGGGGCCAAAGCAGCAUUAGCUGGAACUCCAGGUAAAAUAUUGUGGUGUGUUUUGCCAGUAUUCUUUGUGGUGUCAAUUAUUCCCAUUUGAUGAAAAACCAGCCCGGGGUCUUUCAAAUUCUCUUGUCCUGCAAUGUGUCUGUUGACUAGCUGUUAAGGCCUUUUCAGAGGACAUUUUGAUGCCAGUAAGGGGAUCCAUGCUUUGAGAGCCACAAUCUAGAGAAAUUUGGGGGGUGAAAAAGCAGAAGACUCAUAAGCACACUGUUAUUUCUGAAUUGUGAGACACAGUAAAACUAGGCUGCUGUCUUAUUUCUUCAAAAUGAGUGGCAGCUCUGCUUGUUUACAAUAGAUCCUACCUUUAACCUGCCUUCUUCAAAGACCAAUGACCUUAACCCUCUGUCAAUAGUUACGAAUGUUCCUGGUCCAUUUCGUAACUAUUGACACAGAAAAGAGUGUGGAAACUGGAGGAUAUUCACUGCUAGCUAUAAUCUGAGCAGACCCACUGAAAUCAAUGAACCCACUGAAGUCUAAUGAUAUAAAUCAGUCUGUUCUGAGUAUGACUUAAUGUUGGAUGUCAGUCACAGGACAUCUGUGUACUUUGCAUUAAAAAUCAAACUUCUAAUCAUGGAAUCCAAAUUCUGCAUUGGAAACAAUGAAUUCUGUGACCUGAAUAAAUUAUGUAAGCUGAACAAGUUUGUUUAAUUUAUUCUGCUUUUGGCAAUCGUCACAAGUGGCAGAGUAGGGAAUAGAAACCUGACCAUCUGCCACUGGGAUUGACACUUUGUUGUACAUAUAAUGAAAAGGGAAAGAAGGUAAACAGGUGGGUUUCAAUGAGAACCUCUCUUUGAGGUAGUAAACUUGUGUUUGGGUGCAUGUGAGGGCCAGCAUUAUGGGAUGUUCCUUCAUACCAAGCCCACACCUCCAAGAAAGCCUUGCAGAUAAAAAAACUAUCCUGCAAAGAAGGGGUCAUUCCCUGGCAUGCUGGCAACCCUAUAAUCUACAGUAUACCAGUAUAACCUACAGUAUACCCUAUAAUCUACAGUAAAAGCCAUGGUUUUCCCAGUAGUGAUGUAUGGAAGUGAGAGCUGGACCAUAAAGAAGGCUGAUCGCCGAAGAAUUGAUGCUUUUGAAUUAUGGUGCUGGAGGAGACUCUUGAGAGUCCCAUGGACUGCAAGAAGAUCAAACCUAUCCAUUCUGAAGGAAAUCAGCACUGAGCGCUCACUGGAAGGACAGAUCCUGAAGCUGAGGCUCCAAUACUUUGGCCACCUCAUGAGAAGAGAAGACUCCCUGGGAAAGACCCUGAUGUUGGGAAAGAUGGAAGGCACAAGGAGAAGGGGACGACAGAGGAUGAGAUGGUUAGACAGUGUUCUCGAAGCUACAAACAUGAGUCUGACCAAACUGCGGGAGGCAGUGGAAGACAGGAGUGCCUGGCGUGCUCUGGUCCAUGGGGUCACGAAGAGUCGGACACGACUAAACGACUAAACAACAACAUAAUCUACAGGCAUGACUCAUGUUGCCACUGUGUACCAUAGUUGGCAUAUCUGAAGGCAAGUGGCUAUUGGAGACCAAAACCGUUGACAGUUUCCAGCGACGAACCUUUUCAAUAGAUCAUCACAAUAAAUGCUUUGACGAAAGUUGUGAAGAGGAGUGGCUCUCUGCUGAGAUAGAAAUACGGAUAGUUUGGAACUAUAUUAUUGCAUCUCUGUUUGUUGGAAUGUUAUGUAAUUUGUUCCCUUCAGUUCCUUUAUCAGAGGGUAAAGGUAAAGGGACCCCUGAACAUUAGGUCCAGUCGUGGCUGACUCUGGGGUUGCUGCGCUCAUCUCGCUUUAUUGGCCGAGGGAGCCGGCGUACAGCUUCCAGGUCAUGUGGCCAGCAUGACUAAGCCGCUUCUGGUGAACCAGAGCAGCGCACGGAAACGCCGUUUACCUUGAUGUGCUUUCGAACUGCUAGGUUGGCAGGAGCAGGGACUGAGCAACGGGAGCUCACCCUGUCGCGGGGAUUCGAACUGCCGACUUUCUGAUCGGCAAGUCCUAGACUCUGUGGUUUAACCCACAGCGCCACCCGCGUCCCUUAUCAGAGGCUAUUGGCUCUAAUAAACUGGGUGGUCAUUUUCAGGUACAUAGUUCUGAUUGUAGUCUUGCUGCUUAUUUGUGUCACUGUUUUCCUGAAGCUUGAACCCUGGAAAGUUUGAGUCAGGAGCCUCUUUCCCCUACCAACAAUCCCUGACAGUCCCCCCCCCCUUAGCAGUCUGAAGUGGUACAGUCCUGGGACAAGAGACUUUUGAGGCUUCAGCAGCAACUAGGUUUUGCUCCCACCGUUUCUUGGCUGACUUCCUUGUUGCAAAAUUACAGCUGAGCCAGCCACUGGUGUCCCACUGCGCAUAGAGGUGCCCAUGUGGAUGUAUGCACACAGUGGACUGCUGGGAUGGAUCCUCACAAUUGUACCACAUUAGACGGCUCCCUUCCAGAAGCCAGAAAAGUUUGGGUUUAUUCUCCUGAUGUACUGUGAAACAGUGACAAUAUUUUGGUGUCUCGUUCAAACAGUUCUGCUUCCUAGCGCUUUUAUUGCACAAAGCUGAUGUUUUCUUCCUUUUGUUUUAGGAAUGAUAGGUUAUGGCAUGGCCAAAGGAGCAGUCCACCAGCUUUGCCAGAGCCUCUCGGGUACAAACAGUGGGCUGCCACCGGGGUCUGCCGCGGUUGCCAUUCUCCCGUAAGUGGUGGCAUUUUCAUCCUUACAGCACCCUCUGCUUUAGGUUUUUUCAUAUGCCCAGUUUGUGCCAUGUUGAAGAAGCAACCUCUGAAAUCAGUGGCUUGUGGUCUAUGUGAACUCUUGGCCUGUCAACUCAAAAUUGCAAUUGCUUGAGAAUCAUGGACAAGGGGUGGAUUCAUGCCACUUAACUUUUACAUUUCAUUAACAUUAAAUUUCCCUCUGCUGAAAGCAAAUACUUUUAAUUUGAACCUGUUGGAUUUCUCUCUCUGUAUCUCUCCCUCUCUUUCUCUUUUCUUGUUUUGCAUUAAUUUAUAAUUUGAGCGGUAUAGUUGCUAAGGGACCAAACUACAGAUUGGGAAGUCCUGCUUCUGAUCUUGAACUCUUAACAGGACUUUAGGCAACCAUGUAAGCUUGGGUCAGAUUGCAGCCCUAAUUCUUAUGUCCUGUUUAUGGGGCCAUGAAUGCAUGUGUUAAUUCUGUUCAUACCUGGGUGGUCAUUAUUCAAAAUGCACUUUUUAGAGUAUGUAUGUUGCUGCUAUCAGAAUAAUAAUAAUAAUAAUAAUAAUAAUAAUAAUAAUUUUUAAAAAUUUAUAUCCCGCCCUCCCCAGCCGAAGCCGGGCUCAGAGCGGCUAACAACAGUAAAAUGAUAAAACAUUCUAAAAUCAUUUCAUUAUAAAAUCAGUUCAAAUCAAAUUAAUGGCAACCAUUGGGCUAGAGUUCUGAGAGGAUUGCCAAAGUCAGGCUGUGCCCUGACCAAAGGCCUGGUGGAACAGCUCUGUCUUGCAGGCCCUGUGGAAAGAUGUCAAGUCCUGCAGGGCCCUAGUCUCUUGGGACAGAGCGUUCCACCAGAUCGGGGCCAUGGCUGAAAAAGCCCUGGCUCUAGUUGAGGCCAGCCUAACCUCUCUGUGGCCUGGGACCUCCAAGAUGUUUUUGUUUGAAGACCGUAAGUUCCUCCGUGGGGCAUACCAGGCAAGGCGGUCCCGUAGGUACGAGGGUCCUAGGCCGUAUAGGGCUUUAAAGGUUAAAACCAGCACCUUAAACCUGAUCCUGUACUCCACCGGGAGCCAGUGCAGCUGGUAUAGCACCAGGUGAAUGUGAUCUCGCAGCGAGGACCCCAUAAGGAGUCUCGCCGCGGCAUUCUGCACCCGCUGGAGUUUCUGGGUCAGUCUCAAGGGCAGCCCCACGUAGAGUGAGUUACAAUAAUCCAGAAUAAGGUUGAAGUUUCAGUCUGAUGCUCUCCUUUGAAAACGGUAUUUAAUUAGCGCCUGAAAUCAGUGGCACCUAUUCCUGGGCACCUGUUUGAGGACCGCAGCUAUGGUGUAUUUAUGUGGCAGUGACAUAAUGCUGACCAUCUGAUGGUCAAACUGCAUGUAACAAUCAUGCAUGUGAGAGACUGUCCUAGGUAGGAUGCUGCAAAGCAGCUUUGGAAAACAGUGGACCCUCUGGAUACAAACUUAAUUCAUCCCGGGGGUCCGUACUUACCCCAAAAAGUCUGUAUCCGGAGGCGCCGCUUCUGUUCACAUGCACGGUGCAUAGAGCACUUCUGCACAUGCGCGCGCGGCGAAACCCAGAAGUACAGACUUCCGGGUUUGCCGCGUUCAUAACUCUAAAUUACGUUACCCGAAGGUAACAUAACCCGAGGUACCACUGUAGAUUAUGUUAUGCACAGGAGCAGUUGGAAGAGGUGCCUAAUCUUUUCCCAGCCACCAUUUGUGUGAGACGCCAUUUUGCCUCUGGAUAAGAGAUGCUUGCAUGCAAGUGAGUAAUUCCUAUUGCUCAAAGGUGUGCAGUCAGUUUCAGUAUAGUCACCGAGAAGGCGAGAUCUUAAUAAAAAGAGCAAUCUCCACCUUCCACUGUCCUCAACGUACUGCGUGCAUUGUGACGGAGAAGAAACGCAGGCAACAUUUAUCAGAUGCAGCAGUGUACAACUGAAGAGCUUAUCUUUCUUUGCCCCAGGGUUACCUUGGAUACACCGAUGAACAGGAAAUCUAUGCCUGAUGCGGAUGUCGGCUCCUGGACACCAUUAGAUUUCAUUGCCGAGUGAGUAAACAGAGGCUUCCUUGCUCAACAGCUGCUGCUUUAGGGUGUCCCGGUCGCCUGUGCCUUCAAAUUCUGGAGUGCAGAUCCUCAGUCACUGGAAGUUAAAUGCCCUUCUGUGAAGUGGAAGUGGCUGAACAUGGCGGCUUGGGAGAGAGAUUCUGAAAGGAUGGGUUGUGGGAAUUGAUGGAUGCCAGUUCAGCUCAAAAUCGCCUUUAUGGCCUGUGCAUAGGCAGCAGCAUCAGGGUGGAUAAAAAUAAAUGAUUUUAAGAAAAAAAUCCCCAAAAAUCAGAUUUUUAAAAAAUUUAAAUCGGAUAUUUAAAAUAAAAUGCUUUUGGAUGAAAAAUCUUUCUAAAGAUAGUUUUCUAGUUAGGUUAUAUUAUAGUGCAAAGGCUAUUCAUCAGGAAAUAAGGAUUUGUUUUAAGUUUUUUUAUGGGUGCUAAAACUCAGUCUAAGGUGUUUUUUUUAAAAGUUAACAAACAUGGAUACAUAUGCUAUAAUGUUAUUGCUUUAGUUAAAUAAAUUGUUUAAAUUGUUAUUAAGGAAAUGGUUAUUUUUUCCCUUCCAAUAAAGUACAGCAGAAAAGUUGUCCAAACAUAAACAGUUAACUUAUUAAACCUCACAAUAAUUUCAUAAUUAUCUAUCUUACGUAUUUAUAAUAGUAUAACCAAAUCAGUAAUUUUUGAUAUAACUGUAAAAACUACUCUGAAAAUGUAUUAUUCCAAAAAUGAAACCUUCAUCUGGAUGUAAAUAUUAAGAUUAUACCAGCAAGACUGAGUCUUCCUGUAAAUAAAAAAAGGGGGGGGAAAGAAAAGAAAAAAGAUUUAAAUCAAGUCUUACUGACUGGUGAUUUAAAUCAUGAUUUUAAAUCGUGAUUUAAAUCAAUUUGAUUUAAAUAAAAUCCACCCUGGGCAGUACGAAUCAAGAACGCUGCCUAGUCCUGUUUGGUGCCUUCAGAGGUGGCCCCAUGUAGAACGCAUUGCAGUAAACUAACCUAGAGGUUACCAGACUGUAGACAACAGGAGCUAGGCUGUCCCUGUCCAGCUACGUCCCAGCUGAAGUUGGUGGAAGGCACUCUGAGCCUUCAAGGCCAUUUGUGCCUCCAGGUGACAGUAGCGGUACUUAGAGUGGACUCAGUACCCAACUGAAACAUCCCGAAGCAGGCUGCAGUCUCUCAAACUCAUUUCCCGGCAAAGGGGAAUAAUAACAGCUUGCUUCCUUGCGGCAGAAAUAAUAAUAAUAAAUUAAAAUAAAUAUAAGUUACUCAGUUUACCAGGCCAGUCAAGCUGAGGCAAAGCAGGUCUGGGCUUGGUCAGGGCCUCAGGUGGGUUCCGUGGCAGAAGAAAGGUGGGAUAUAAAUGUAUAAGAGAGAAUAAAGAAUGGAUAGAUGUUGAAUAUUCUAAAAUGACAAGGUUAGGACAGCAGUCCUAAGCACUUGCUAGGGAGCCAGCUCCUUUGAACAUUGGAUUUACUUCUGGGUAACAUGUAUAGAAUUGCAGUAUGAAAAUGUAUUUAGGAGGAGUGUUGGACACAAAAUCUCUGACCUGAGAAGCUUCUACACUAUUUUUUUAAAAGCAGUUCAAAUACAGCGGUUCUCAACCUGUGGGUCCCCAGAUCUUGUUGGACUACAACUCCCAUCAUCCCUGAGCUCUGGCCUUGCUAGCUAGGGGUGAUAGGAAUUGUAGUUCAACAACAUCUGGGGACCCACAGGUUGAGAAAGCCUGAUUUAUAACGUGAAGCUUUAGGACAGGCUUCCUCAACCUUAGCCCUCCAGAUGUUUUUGGCCUACAACUCCCGUGAUCCCUAGCUAGCAGGACCAGUGGUCAGGGAUUAUGGGAAUUGUAGUCUCAAAACAUCGGGAAGGCCGAGGUUGAGGCAGCCUGCUUUAGGAAUUGAAUUAAUUCACAAAAUGUUGAUCUCUGUUUUUAACAGAACCUUUUAUGACUGGAUCACUGGAAAAAACCGUCCAUGUUCUGGGAGUCUGAUCCAAGUAGUAACCACAGGAGGAAAGACGGAGCUGUCUGCUUCUCAUCUCUGAGCGGUCAUACGUGCAAACAGCAGUGAAGUGGAGAUGCAAAGUGUGUGUGUGUGUGUGUGUGUGUGUGUGUGUGUUUGUUUGUGCAGUCUUCUCCUUCUGCCAGUAAAGUGGUCUUAUUUGUCGAGCAAGACCUGAGGUCAUAUUUGUGUUGCUUGAUGUUAGCCAGACGCACUUAAUUAUCCAAAGGUACAAAGCGUCUUGUGAAUCAGGGCUGUGAAUUUGAAGAUUCACUGAUGGCCUCGUUGCAGUAUUUUCUACAGAAUUAUGCCGAGUCUUAAGAAAAGCAAACAGUGAGCAGUAAAACUGUGUUUUAAUUAUAUGAAAUGCAUAUAUUUCACUGUUACGGAAGUUCUGCUGCCUUGGGGUUUCCGCCCCACACUUGAAUGCUGCCUAGAUAGUCAAUUACGUCAGGUGUAAUUAUUAACCGUCACAUCAACACAGACCAAACAUGCAUUCUUACUGUCUUUCCUCUUGGAUGUUGUGUGAUACCGUAUUUUCGCCCUAUAGGGCGCACUGGCCCAUAGGAUGAACCUCAUUCUUUGGGGGGGGGGGGGAAAUGAAUAAAAAAAAAUUAUUCCCUCCCCCAGCCGCAGGGCUGGGGCGGGGGAAGCCCGAGCUUCCCCCGACCCCAGCCCCCAGAACAGGCUGCUAUCCACAAGCCUUGCGAGCCCGCGGGAACUCCCCCCAGGCAUGCAAGGCUUGCGGACACCUGCGCGAAGCACGGGGCGUCCUCCGGAGGGCGCCCCAUGCUUCGGGCUGCAGGCUGCUGCCCGCAAGCCUUGCAAGCCCGCAGGAACUCCCGCCGGGCGCGCAAGGCUUGUGGAUAGCUUCCUGAAGCCUGGAGAGCAAGAGGGGUCGGUGCGCACCGCCGCCUCUCGCUUUCCAGGCUUCAGCGAAAGCCUGCAUUCGCCCCAUAGGACGCACACACAUUUCCCCUUCAUUUUUGGAGGGGCAAAAGUGCGUCCUAUAGGGCGAAAAAUACGGUAAAUCAAGAAGAUCCAUUGAAAUCUGUGGGACAAAACAUACAAUUGACAGUAUUGGUGGUAAAUUGUACCACAAGAAGCUGUUGUCUGUGUUGCGGGAGGCGGCUGUGUUGAACUGCUCCUCUACCUGGACAGACUUCUCACUAAACAAUACACAUACAACACAUGUGUGUGCAGAGCUUUUCCCUUGAGAAAACAUCCAGCCAUUUAUCCCCCACUCUCAACUGCACAGGGAGCUAUUUGUAAGCGAUGAGGUUGAACGAGGAAACAUUAUUUUGCCUUAAAAGCUAUUCAGCACAGUCAGCACAGUUCAAACCUUUUCUAAAAGGGAGCCAGAUCACCAAAGCUAUGGGAAAGAUUUUGUGGGAUGAGGUGGGGAAUAGGUUGUCGUCCAAAGCCUUAUUGUACAAAUAGAUGUAGCUGGAUGUUUGCUUAUGGUAUAUACAGCAACAUCACCUUCAAUCAGCUGUGAGCACCAACCAGCAAACCACUUCAUUGCUUGUCAUGCACAUUAUGCCUCUUGUAAUUUCAUACGGUGAUUUUUAAAAGUGCUCUAAAAUAGCCCCAGUUGCAGAUAUUGCCAUAUAUUGAAUUUUGUCCUCAAUAAACUUGUUGUUUAGAAGCCCGC